AUGGCGACAAAGGCGAAUACAAUAAAGAAGGAGCCCCAGAUGGAGGCAUUCAAGCUCCUACCGAACAACACCAAUCCGAAUUGGAUCAAAGAUAGGGGGCUUCGUAAAUUGAAUAUGGGUAUUGUCUUCAUGUUUUCCACUGCUUCUUCGGCUGGGUAUAUUGGAAAUCUCGUGAAUAGCUUACUUGUGCUCCCUCAGUUCGGUACCAUCAUUGGAGGAUUGGAUCCCAAUAUAGUUGGUCUGAUAAUUGCCGCCACUUCUCUGGGGGCGUUGGUCUCCUUCGCACCAGCCUCUUAUAUGGCCGAUAAAUUUGGACGUAAGACGUGUGUCUAUAUUGGAUCCAGCGUUGUGAUUGUGGGAGCUAUCACUCAAACCGCAGUCAAAAGCCACUGGGGCUUUUUUGGCACGAGGCUCUUGUCGGGCAUAGGAAUGGGCAUCACCCAGACUGCAGCUCCUCUCCUGGCAACUGAGAUCGCACACCCUCGGCAGCGACAGACGGCCACGGCCCUCUAUAAUGCAUCCUGGAGUCUGGGCGCUAUUAGCUCCGCAGCAGUUACAUAUGCAACUAUAGACAUAGCAAACAGUUGGUCGUGGAGAGUUCCUUGCCUGCUACAGAUAUCGUAUCCGUUGUUCCAGAUCCUAGGAUUGAUCAUGUUUGUGCCCGAAAGCCCGAGAUGGCUUGUGUCCAAAGGCAGGAAAGACGAAGCCCUUGCUGUCCUGGGAGAGUACCACGCGAAUGGAGACAUAGAUGAUGAGUUGGUGCAGUAUGAGUACCGUUUGAUAAGCAGCACGAUCACAGCCGAGAUCACCAAUACCAGGAAUUGGAGCUCGUUCUUCUCUUCAAAAGGCGAUAUGCACCGAUUGACCAUUUGUGUAUUAGUUGGGCUUAUGCAGGAAUGGGCUGGCAAUGGUCUCCUAUCCUACUACCUCGCACCAAUUCUUGGAUCAGUGGGAAUUACCAAGGCAGCCGAUCAAGCAGCUGUGAACGUCAGCCUCAAUGCCUGGAACUUCUUCCUUGCAGCAGCCGGUGCACUUGCAUCGGAGCGAUACGGCCGCCGCAUUCUAUGGAUUAUUUCCACAUGCGCCAUGAUCGUCUUCCUGUCUAUGUCGACACUGGCUGCUGGUCUGUUUGCCGAAAGACAUCUUCCUGCUGCUGGAAUUGCGGUGGUUCCACUCCUAUUUCUCUUUUUUGGUGCAUAUGACAUCGCUUAUGCGCCUUUGUUCAUCUCGUAUCCAGCUGAGAUCCUGCCCUUCCAACUGCGUGCCAAGGGAAUUGCUGUCACCCUUUCGGUAGAUGCUGUGGCGUGUUUCUUCAACCAAUAUGUCAACCCGGUGGCGUUCACGGCGAUUGGAUGGAAGUAUUACUGUGUCUUUCUUGGUUGUCUGGUAGUGUUCUUGGGCCUUAUAUACUUCCUCUUCCCGGAGACGAAGGGACGGUCUUUGGAAGAGGUUGCUAUGAUUUUUGACAAGGAAAAGGAACCAGAGAGCAAUAGCAAAAAGGAGAUAGAGACAAUAUAG